CAGGGGUCUAAGGAUUUAGAAACUGGGGUAUCUGUCGGUCACGUGCACUGCGUCUCGGUCACACUGCGUGCGCACGGAUUUGCGUGUUUGAGCGCGCGCACUGCAGUGCCCGGAUGCUCGACCUGCUGCGCGCGCAGAAAGAAAUCUAAGCUAGCAGGCUAACGUCACUCUGAUAAACCGGUAUACUUUUCUGAACCCGCUCCGAGAUCAUGUGUGGAAGGACCGCCUGCACCCUCGUUCCUGAUGAGCUCCGGCGAGCUUCUUGUUACCGAGACCGGUCUGGACAGCAGCGACGGCCUCAGUGGAGGGGCGAUGAUGCGGAUAAAUACCAACCCUCCUACAACAAGAGUCCUCAGUCCUUCAGUCCGGUUCUGUUGUCCAACAGACACUUUAAUAAGGAAGCGGCGGUGGACGAGUGCGUGCUGGCGGCAAUGCGCUGGGGUCUGGUUCCGGCCUGGUUCAAGGAGAGCGACCCGAACAAGAUGCAGUACAGCACCUCCAACUGCCGUGGCGAGAACUUGCUGGAGAAAAAGUCUUACAAGGACCCUCUGCUGAAAGGGCAGCGUUGUGUCAUUCUAGCCGACGGCUUCUACGAGUGGAGGAGGCAGCAGAAGGACAAACAGCCUUUCUUCAUCUAUUUCCCCCAGAACCAGCGAGAUCAGCAGGACGGGGAGGAUGAGAGAAAACUGAAAAAUGAAGAACGGAGUGAAUGUGAAGAAAAAGCAGCGGAUGGCGAGUGGACCGGAUGGCGUCUGCUCACCAUGGCGGGUCUGUUUGACUGCUGGACGCCUCCUGGUGGUGGGGAAGUUCUGUACACCUACACCGUGAUAACUGUGAACGCCUCACCAAACCUGCAGAGCAUCCACGAUAGGAUGCCAGCCAUUCUGGAUGGAGAAGAGGAGGUGAGGCGAUGGUUGGAUUUCGGGGAGGUGCGUUCACUUGAAGCUUUAAAGUUACUUCAGUCUAAAUCCUGCCUGACCUUUCACCCAGUGUCUUCGAUCGUCAACAACUCGCGCAACAACUCCCCCGAAUGCCUGCAGCCACUCGACCCUGCCGUCAAAAAGGCUUCUUCUCAGCCAUCAGCCAGCAGCAAGAUGAUGAUGAGCUGGCUGAAAAACGGCUCACCUCUAAAGAGGAAAGCAACAGAAGAUACUGAAAAGCCGUCAGGGACGCACAAGUCAAAGGCCAGUGGGCCUUUACAGCAGUGGCUGCUUGGAAACAGGGCUAGUAAGACACCAAAAAUGUAACGCUCCUGAACUUUGAUAUUGUUGGCAGCACUGAAAGCCUCAGAAUGUCCAGUUUCUGAAUGAAUGUUGAGAGUUUUCUUGCUUUGCUUCCUGAGACACUGAGUAUUUGUAGACCACUGCAGAUCCUGCAAUCUGCAUCUUCUAGACAUAUGCAUUUGUGUGACCUUUUUUUCUAUUUCGUGAAAGUUGGUUUACAAACCAUAUAUAUAAAAAAUUUUAAAAAGAGAGAGAGAGAGGAUGACUGGAGUUAAAACAUCUUUACUUGGUUACUAUCAAAUCAGACCAAGAGGCGUCUGGAUUCAGGGAAUUUCACACUUUGUGCCUUAAACAGAAUCGUUCAGUCGCUGUCGAUCUCCAUGACGACACACAGUAAAAAAAAAAUGAAGACUCUUAACGCUAUCAACAUACACGCCCGCUUUGUUAUAUGUUUCAAAAAAUUAAAAAAGCACCGUGCAAAGAUUUAUUCAACAUUUUUUUAUUAUUCUUUUUUUUUUUUUUACUUUGAAAUACAUUUAUUUUCAAACGAUGUUUAUGCUGUGCUGUAAUAAAUGUUUCAUUAGAUGUAAUGAUGAAUGCUUCAGGUGUCCUCACUCUACUGUAGUUCGGUGUGGGCUUUUUUUUGUCUAUUCAGCUUAGUUAAUAAUAAUAAUUAGCAAUAAUAAAUCAGAAGAGAAUAAACCGAUUGUAAUAUCAUAUCCGAGGGAGCUCGACCGAUCCCCUGCUGGGGGAAGGAGGGGGGGUUUGAAAGAAAAAAAAGGAACGUUUGCUUGUGUCACUGACGGAAGAAUUCGUAGUAAGUGGUCCUGAUCACAACAUCGGUGACUAAAACCAACCAACCAACCAAAAAAAACAAAAACAAUUAAAUAAUAAUAAUCCCAAAAACACUAACGUCAGUGCUAUGGUACCUGUUUUAGUGACCCCACACCAUUGGUAUUCCUCUGUAAUAUGACAUUAAAUAUUAAGUAUCGAAAAGCAAAUAAAGCAAAAGAGCAUGCUUUUAAGAGUCAGACGCCGCGACGUGCAAAACCUCCUGACGAAACCGGAGAGAGCAGACAGUCCUGAUAGCAACACAGAGCUUUAAUACAUCGGCAUAUUACACAGCCCCAUCGAUCUGCAUCACAUCUUACAGGUUCCAGUUUAGCAUGGUGGUGUAUAUAUAAAAAGUCUCAGAAAGCAUUCAAGUGUUGAGUGUUUCAGAAUGGACUCCGUGUGUGUGUGUGUGUGUGUGUGUGUGUGUGUGUGUGUGUGUGUGUGUGUGUGUGUGUGUGUGGUUGAAACUGAAGGAAGUCUGAAGAAGGGUGUUAGGACUACUAUUGGCAAAAUUACAAUUAAAAGAGCUACCGAGGGCCUGAAAACACUUGUGCACCAAAACUCUUCAUAAUGAUCUCUUUGGGCUUUAAGUGAAGCCCCGUUGAGCACUGCUGCGUGCGCGCAAAUUUGUAUUGGGUAUAUUCUAGAAGAGGAAGCCUGCCUGCUCUAUGAAGGCCAGUGAUUACAUUGAGGGAAACUGGGAAUAAAGAGGAAGAAAAGACAAGAAAUUGGGAGAGAGAGAAAGAGAGAGA